GCAUCCCAAUCUUUAGCUAGCACUGUCUUUACUCAUCUGCACUUGGUUCUUUGGUCUCUUCUUUUCUCUCCAUCUUUCCGCCUCUCCUGAUCAUCCUCAUCAAACAUGGCCUUCAAGUCUCUCCUGUUAGGCCUGGCCGCUGCACAAGCCGUCACUGCACAUUUCAGUGUCGUGUAUCCCGAGUGGCGAGCCGAUACCCUCUCUGAGAAAAACAUGGACAAGUACAGCCAAUGGGACUAUCCUUGCGGCGGAGUUCCCUACAAGGCCGGCAACAUCACCAACUGGCCCCUUGAAGGAGGCUCCAUCGAGCUCGAACUUCACCACCCCUGGACAUACCUCUUCAUCAACCUCGGCCUGGGCGCAAACACCACAAACUUCAACAUCUCACUCACCCCCGACCUCCUCAACGUCACCGGCAAGGGCACUCUCUGCAUCGACAAGCUCCCCGUGACCCUUGACAAUAUCGCAAACGGAACUCUGGCGUCUAUUCAGGUGGUCACGAGCGGCGAUUCUGGCAGCGCCUUGUAUAACUGCGAGCAGCAGGAAAAUGGUACUUCUCAGGAUGGCGCCACUGACACAGAGGACAAGAAGAAUGCUGCUGGCCUUCUGGGUACCGACAAGACUGUUCUGACAACAGUUGUUGGACUGGCGGUUGCAUUCUCUCUGGGGCUGGGCAUCUAAAGGUGGAUAUACGAGAUAGGUGGGAAGAUAUACGAUAUAGAUGAACAAAGGACACUUCAGAUACCACGAAUUGAAAGAUAAUGAUAUUAAUGCAGUAGCGAGAUCCGCC